CACUGCUGGUGCUGCCAGUGCUGCUGCCACUGCCACUGCUGGUGCUGCCAGUGCUGCUGCCACUGCCACUGCUGGUGCUGCCAGUGCUGCUGCCACUGCCACUGCUGGUGCUGCCAGUGCUGCUGCCACUGCCACUGCUGGUGCUGCCAGUGCUGCUGCCACUGCCACUGCUGGUGCUGCCAGUGCUGCUGCCACUGCCACUGCUGGUGCUGCCAGUGCUGCUGCCACUGCCACUGCUGGUGCUGCCAGUGCUGCUGCCACUGCCACUGCUGGUGCUGCCAGUGCUGCUGCCACUGCCACUGCUGGUGCUGCCAGUGCUGCUGCCACUGCCACUGCUGGUGCUGCCAGUGCUGCUGCCACUGCCACUGCUGGUGCUGCCAGUGCUGCUGCCACUGCCACUGCUGGUGCUGCCAGUGCUGCUGCCACUGCCACUGCUGGUGCUGCCAGUGCUGCUGCCACUGCCACUGCUGGUGCUGCCAGUGCUGCUGCCACUGCCACUGCUGGUGCUGCCAGUGCUGCUGCCACUGCCACUGCUGGUGCUGCCAGUGCUGCUGCCACUGCCACUGCUGGUGCUGCCAGUGCUGCUGCCACUGCCACUGCUGGUGCUGCCAGUGCUGCUGCCACUGCCACUGCUGGUGCUGCCAGUGCUGCUGCCACUGCCACUGCUGGUGCUGCCAGUGCUGCUGCCACUGCCACUGCUGGUGCUGCCAGUGCUGCUGCCACUGCCACUGCUGGUGCUGCCAGUGCUGCUGCCACUGCCACUGCUGGUGCUGCCAGUGCUGCUGCCACUGCCACUGCUGGUGCUGCCAGUGCUGCUGCCACUGCCACUGCUGGUGCUGCCAGUGCUGCUGCCACUGCCACUGCUGGUGCUGCCAGUGCUGCUGCCACUGCCACUGCUGGUGCUGCCAGUGCUGCUGCCACUGCCACUGCUGGUGCUGCCAGUGCUGCUGCCACUGCCACUGCUGGUGCUGCCAGUGCUGCUGCCACUGCCACUGCUGGUGCUGCCAGUGCUGCUGCCACUGCCACUGCUGGUGCUGCCAGUGCUGCUGCCACUGCCACUGCUGGUGCUGCCAGUGCUGCUGCCACUGCCACUGCUGGUGCUGCCAGUGCUGCUGCCACUGCCACUGCUGGUGCUGCCAGUGCUGCUGCCACUGCCACUGCUGGUGCUGCCAGUGCUGCUGCCACUGCCACUGCUGGUGCUGCCAGUGCUGCUGCCACUGCCACUGCUGGUGCUGCCAGUGCUGCUGCCACUGCCACUGCUGGUGCUGCCAGUGCUGCUGCCACUGCCACUGCUGGUGCUGCCAGUGCUGCUGCCACUGCCACUGCUGGUGCUGCCAGUGCUGCUGCCACUGCCACUGCUGGUGCUGCCAGUGCUGCUGCCACUGCCACUGCUGGUGCUGCCAGUGCUGCUGCCACUGCCACUGCUGGUGCUGCCAGUGCUGCUGCCACUGCCACUGCUGGUGCUGCCAGUGCUGCUGCCACUGCCACUGCUGGUGCUGCCAGUGCUGCUGCCACUGCCACUGCUGGUGCUGCCAGUGCUGCUGCCACUGCCACUGCUGGUGCUGCCAGUGCUGCUGCCACUGCCACUGCUGGUGCUGCCAGUGCUGCUGCCACUGCCACUGCUGGUGCUGCCAGUGCUGCUGCCACUGCCACUGCUGGUGCUGCCAGUGCUGCUGCCACUGCCACUGCUGGUGCUGCCAGUGCUGCUGCCACUGCCACUGCUGGUGCUGCCAGUGCUGCUGCCACUGCCACUGCUGGUGCUGCCAGUGCUGCUGCCACUGCCACUGCUGGUGCUGCCAGUGCUGCUGCCACUGCCACUGCUGGUGCUGCCAGUGCUGCUGCCACUGCCACUGCUGGUGCUGCCAGUGCUGCUGCCACUGCCACUGCUGGUGCUGCCAGUGCUGCUGCCACUGCCACUGCUGGUGCUGCCAGUGCUGCUGCCACUGCCACUGCUGGUGCUGCCAGUGCUGCUGCCACUGCCACUGCUGGUGCUGCCAGUGCUGCUGCCACUGCCACUGCUGGUGCUGCCAGUGCUGCUGCCACUGCCACUGCUGGUGCUGCCAGUGCUGCUGCCACUGCCACUGCUGGUGCUGCCAGUGCUGCUGCCACUGCCACUGCUGGUGCUGCCAGUGCUGCUGCCACUGCCACUGCUGGUGCUGCCAGUGCUGCUGCCACUGCCACUGCUGGUGCUGCCAGUGCUGCUGCCACUGCCACUGCUGGUGCUGCCAGUGCUGCUGCCACUGCCACUGCUGGUGCUGCCAGUGCUGCUGCCACUGCCACUGCUGGUGCUGCCAGUGCUGCUGCCACUGCCACUGCUGGUGCUGCCAGUGCUGCUGCCACUGCCACUGCUGGUGCUGCCAGUGCUGCUGCCACUGCCACUGCUGGUGCUGCCAGUGCUGCUGCCACUGCCACUGCUGGUGCUGCCAGUGCUGCUGCCACUGCCACUGCUGGUGCUGCCAGUGCUGCUGCCACUGCCACUGCUGGUGCUGCCAGUGCUGCUGCCACUGCCACUGCUGGUGCUGCCAGUGCUGCUGCCACUGCCACUGCUGGUGCUGCCAGUGCUGCUGCCACUGCCACUGCUGGUGCUGCCAGUGCUGCUGCCACUGCCACUGCUGGUGCUGCCAGUGCUGCUGCCACUGCCACUGCUGGUGCUGCCAGUGCUGCUGCCACUGCCACUGCUGGUGCUGCCAGUGCUGCUGCCACUGCCACUGCUGGUGCUGCCAGUGCUGCUGCCACUGCCACUGCUGGUGCUGCCAGUGCUGCUGCCACUGCCACUGCUGGUGCUGCCAGUGCUGCUGCCACUGCCACUGCUGGUGCUGCCAGUGCUGCUGCCACUGCCACUGCUGGUGCUGCCAGUGCUGCUGCCACUGCCACUGCUGGUGCUGCCAGUGCUGCUGCCACUGCCACUGCUGGUGCUGCCAGUGCUGCUGCCACUGCCACUGCUGGUGCUGCCAGUGCUGCUGCCACUGCCACUGCUGGUGCUGCCAGUGCUGCUGCCACUGCCACUGCUGGUGCUGCCAGUGCUGCUGCCACUGCCACUGCUGGUGCUGCCAGUGCUGCUGCCACUGCCACUGCUGGUGCUGCCAGUGCUGCUGCCACUGCCACUGCUGGUGCUGCCAGUGCUGCUGCCACUGCCACUGCUGGUGCUGCCAGUGCUGCUGCCACUGCCACUGCUGGUGCUGCCAGUGCUGCUGCCACUGCCACUGCUGGUGCUGCCAGUGCUGCUGCCACUGCCACUGCUGGUGCUGCCAGUGCUGCUGCCACUGCCACUGCUGGUGCUGCCAGUGCUGCUGCCACUGCCACUGCUGGUGCUGCCAGUGCUGCUGCCACUGCCACUGCUGGUGCUGCCAGUGCUGCUGCCACUGCCACUGCUGGUGCUGCCAGUGCUGCUGCCACUGCCACUGCUGGUGCUGCCAGUGCUGCUGCCACUGCCACUGCUGGUGCUGCCAGUGCUGCUGCCACUGCCACUGCUGGUGCUGCCAGUGCUGCUGCCACUGCCACUGCUGGUGCUGCCAGUGCUGCUGCCACUGCCACUGCUGGUGCUGCCAGUGCUGCUGCCACUGCCACUGCUGGUGCUGCCAGUGCUGCUGCCACUGCCACUGCUGGUGCUGCCAGUGCUGCUGCCACUGCCACUGCUGGUGCUGCCAGUGCUGCUGCCACUGCCACUGCUGGUGCUGCCAGUGCUGCUGCCACUGCCACUGCUGGUGCUGCCAGUGCUGCUGCCACUGCCACUGCUGGUGCUGCCAGUGCUGCUGCCACUGCCACUGCUGGUGCUGCCAGUGCUGCUGCCACUGCCACUGCUGGUGCUGCCAGUGCUGCUGCCACUGCCACUGCUGGUGCUGCCAGUGCUGCUGCCACUGCCACUGCUGGUGCUGCCAGUGCUGCUGCCACUGCCACUGCUGGUGCUGCCAGUGCUGCUGCCACUGCCACUGCUGGUGCUGCCAGUGCUGCUGCCACUGCCACUGCUGGUGCUGCCAGUGCUGCUGCCACUGCCACUGCUGGUGCUGCCAGUGCUGCUGCCACUGCCACUGCUGGUGCUGCCAGUGCUGCUGCCACUGCCACUGCUGGUGCUGCCAGUGCUGCUGCCACUGCCACUGCUGGUGCUGCCAGUGCUGCUGCCACUGCCACUGCUGGUGCUGCCAGUGCUGCUGCCACUGCCACUGCUGGUGCUGCCAGUGCUGCUGCCACUGCCACUGCUGGUGCUGCCAGUGCUGCUGCCACUGCCACUGCUGGUGCUGCCAGUGCUGCUGCCACUGCCACUGCUGGUGCUGCCAGUGCUGCUGCCACUGCCACUGCUGGUGCUGCCAGUGCUGCUGCCACUGCCACUGCUGGUGCUGCCAGUGCUGCUGCCACUGCCACUGCUGGUGCUGCCAGUGCUGCUGCCACUGCCACUGCUGGUGCUGCCAGUGCUGCUGCCACUGCCACUGCUGGUGCUGCCAGUGCUGCUGCCACUGCCACUGCUGGUGCUGCCAGUGCUGCUGCCACUGCCACUGCUGGUGCUGCCAGUGCUGCUGCCACUGCCACUGCUGGUGCUGCCAGUGCUGCUGCCACUGCCACUGCUGGUGCUGCCAGUGCUGCUGCCACUGCCACUGCUGGUGCUGCCAGUGCUGCUGCCACUGCCACUGCUGGUGCUGCCAGUGCUGCUGCCACUGCCACUGCUGGUGCUGCCAGUGCUGCUGCCACUGCCACUGCUGGUGCUGCCAGUGCUGCUGCCACUGCCACUGCUGGUGCUGCCAGUGCUGCUGCCACUGCCACUGCUGGUGCUGCCAGUGCUGCUGCCACUGCCACUGCUGGUGCUGCCAGUGCUGCUGCCACUGCCACUGCUGGUGCUGCCAGUGCUGCUGCCACUGCCACUGCUGGUGCUGCCAGUGCUGCUGCCACUGCCACUGCUGGUGCUGCCAGUGCUGCUGCCACUGCCACUGCUGGUGCUGCCAGUGCUGCUGCCACUGCCACUGCUGGUGCUGCCAGUGCUGCUGCCACUGCCACUGCUGGUGCUGCCAGUGCUGCUGCCACUGCCACUGCUGGUGCUGCCAGUGCUGCUGCCACUGCCACUGCUGGUGCUGCCAGUGCUGCUGCCACUGCCACUGCUGGUGCUGCCAGUGCUGCUGCCACUGCCACUGCUGGUGCUGCCAGUGCUGCUGCCACUGCCACUGCUGGUGCUGCCAGUGCUGCUGCCACUGCCACUGCUGGUGCUGCCAGUGCUGCUGCCACUGCCACUGCUGGUGCUGCCAGUGCUGCUGCCACUGCCACUGCUGGUGCUGCCAGUGCUGCUGCCACUGCCACUGCUGGUGCUGCCAGUGCUGCUGCCACUGCCACUGCUGGUGCUGCCAGUGCUGCUGCCACUGCCACUGCUGGUGCUGCCAGUGCUGCUGCCACUGCCACUGCUGGUGCUGCCAGUGCUGCUGCCACUGCCACUGCUGGUGCUGCCAGUGCUGCUGCCACUGCCACUGCUGGUGCUGCCAGUGCUGCUGCCACUGCCACUGCUGGUGCUGCCAGUGCUGCUGCCACUGCCACUGCUGGUGCUGCCAGUGCUGCUGCCACUGCCACUGCUGGUGCUGCCAGUGCUGCUGCCACUGCCACUGCUGGUGCUGCCAGUGCUGCUGCCACUGCCACUGCUGGUGCUGCCAGUGCUGCUGCCACUGCCACUGCUGGUGCUGCCAGUGCUGCUGCCACUGCCACUGCUGGUGCUGCCAGUGCUGCUGCCACUGCCACUGCUGGUGCUGCCAGUGCUGCUGCCACUGCCACUGCUGGUGCUGCCAGUGCUGCUGCCACUGCCACUGCUGGUGCUGCCAGUGCUGCUGCCACUGCCACUGCUGGUGCUGCCAGUGCUGCUGCCACUGCCACUGCUGGUGCUGCCAGUGCUGCUGCCACUGCCACUGCUGGUGCUGCCAGUGCUGCUGCCACUGCCACUGCUGGUGCUGCCAGUGCUGCUGCCACUGCCACUGCUGGUGCUGCCAGUGCUGCUGCCACUGCCACUGCUGGUGCUGCCAGUGCUGCUGCCACUGCCACUGCUGGUGCUGCCAGUGCUGCUGCCACUGCCACUGCUGGUGCUGCCAGUGCUGCUGCCACUGCCACUGCUGGUGCUGCCAGUGCUGCUGCCACUGCCACUGCUGGUGCUGCCAGUGCUGCUGCCACUGCCACUGCUGGUGCUGCCAGUGCUGCUGCCACUGCCACUGCUGGUGCUGCCAGUGCUGCUGCCACUGCCACUGCUGGUGCUGCCAGUGCUGCUGCCACUGCCACUGCUGGUGCUGCCAGUGCUGCUGCCACUGCCACUGCUGGUGCUGCCAGUGCUGCUGCCACUGCCACUGCUGGUGCUGCCAGUGCUGCUGCCACUGCCACUGCUGGUGCUGCCAGUGCUGCUGCCACUGCCACUGCUGGUGCUGCCAGUGCUGCUGCCACUGCCACUGCUGGUGCUGCCAGUGCUGCUGCCACUGCCACUGCUGGUGCUGCCAGUGCUGCUGCCACUGCCACUGCUGGUGCUGCCAGUGCUGCUGCCACUGCCACUGCUGGUGCUGCCAGUGCUGCUGCCACUGCCACUGCUGGUGCUGCCAGUGCUGCUGCCACUGCCACUGCUGGUGCUGCCAGUGCUGCUGCCACUGCCACUGCUGGUGCUGCCAGUGCUGCUGCCACUGCCACUGCUGGUGCUGCCAGUGCUGCUGCCACUGCCACUGCUGGUGCUGCCAGUGCUGCUGCCACUGCCACUGCUGGUGCUGCCAGUGCUGCUGCCACUGCCACUGCUGGUGCUGCCAGUGCUGCUGCCACUGCCACUGCUGGUGCUGCCAGUGCUGCUGCCACUGCCACUGCUGGUGCUGCCAGUGCUGCUGCCACUGCCACUGCUGGUGCUGCCAGUGCUGCUGCCACUGCCACUGCUGGUGCUGCCAGUGCUGCUGCCACUGCCACUGCUGGUGCUGCCAGUGCUGCUGCCACUGCCACUGCUGGUGCUGCCAGUGCUGCUGCCACUGCCACUGCUGGUGCUGCCAGUGCUGCUGCCACUGCCACUGCUGGUGCUGCCAGUGCUGCUGCCACUGCCACUGCUGGUGCUGCCAGUGCUGCUGCCACUGCCACUGCUGGUGCUGCCAGUGCUGCUGCCACUGCCACUGCUGGUGCUGCCAGUGCUGCUGCCACUGCCACUGCUGGUGCUGCCAGUGCUGCUGCCACUGCCACUGCUGGUGCUGCCAGUGCUGCUGCCACUGCCACUGCUGGUGCUGCCAGUGCUGCUGCCACUGCCACUGCUGGUGCUGCCAGUGCUGCUGCCACUGCCACUGCUGGUGCUGCCAGUGCUGCUGCCACUGCCACUGCUGGUGCUGCCAGUGCUGCUGCCACUGCCACUGCUGGUGCUGCCAGUGCUGCUGCCACUGCCACUGCUGGUGCUGCCAGUGCUGCUGCCACUGCCACUGCUGGUGCUGCCAGUGCUGCUGCCACUGCCACUGCUGGUGCUGCCAGUGCUGCUGCCACUGCCACUGCUGGUGCUGCCAGUGCUGCUGCCACUGCCACUGCUGGUGCUGCCAGUGCUGCUGCCACUGCCACUGCUGGUGCUGCCAGUGCUGCUGCCACUGCCACUGCUGGUGCUGCCAGUGCUGCUGCCACUGCCACUGCUGGUGCUGCCAGUGCUGCUGCCACUGCCACUGCUGGUGCUGCCAGUGCUGCUGCCACUGCCACUGCUGGUGCUGCCAGUGCUGCUGCCACUGCCACUGCUGGUGCUGCCAGUGCUGCUGCCACUGCCACUGCUGGUGCUGCCAGUGCUGCUGCCACUGCCACUGCUGGUGCUGCCAGUGCUGCUGCCACUGCCACUGCUGGUGCUGCCAGUGCUGCUGCCACUGCCACUGCUGGUGCUGCCAGUGCUGCUGCCACUGCCACUGCUGGUGCUGCCAGUGCUGCUGCCACUGCCACUGCUGGUGCUGCCAGUGCUGCUGCCACUGCCACUGCUGGUGCUGCCAGUGCUGCUGCCACUGCCACUGCUGGUGCUGCCAGUGCUGCUGCCACUGCCACUGCUGGUGCUGCCAGUGCUGCUGCCACUGCCACUGCUGGUGCUGCCAGUGCUGCUGCCACUGCCACUGCUGGUGCUGCCAGUGCUGCUGCCACUGCCACUGCUGGUGCUGCCAGUGCUGCUGCCACUGCCACUGCUGGUGCUGCCAGUGCUGCUGCCACUGCCACUGCUGGUGCUGCCAGUGCUGCUGCCACUGCCACUGCUGGUGCUGCCAGUGCUGCUGCCACUGCCACUGCUGGUGCUGCCAGUGCUGCUGCCACUGCCACUGCUGGUGCUGCCAGUGCUGCUGCCACUGCCACUGCUGGUGCUGCCAGUGCUGCUGCCACUGCCACUGCUGGUGCUGCCAGUGCUGCUGCCACUGCCACUGCUGGUGCUGCCAGUGCUGCUGCCACUGCCACUGCUGGUGCUGCCAGUGCUGCUGCCACUGCCACUGCUGGUGCUGCCAGUGCUGCUGCCACUGCCACUGCUGGUGCUGCCAGUGCUGCUGCCACUGCCACUGCUGGUGCUGCCAGUGCUGCUGCCACUGCCACUGCUGGUGCUGCCAGUGCUGCUGCCACUGCCACUGCUGGUGCUGCCAGUGCUGCUGCCACUGCCACUGCUGGUGCUGCCAGUGCUGCUGCCACUGCCACUGCUGGUGCUGCCAGUGCUGCUGCCACUGCCACUGCUGGUGCUGCCAGUGCUGCUGCCACUGCCACUGCUGGUGCUGCCAGUGCUGCUGCCACUGCCACUGCUGGUGCUGCCAGUGCUGCUGCCACUGCCACUGCUGGUGCUGCCAGUGCUGCUGCCACUGCCACUGCUGGUGCUGCCAGUGCUGCUGCCACUGCCACUGCUGGUGCUGCCAGUGCUGCUGCCACUGCCACUGCUGGUGCUGCCAGUGCUGCUGCCACUGCCACUGCUGGUGCUGCCAGUGCUGCUGCCACUGCCACUGCUGUGCUGCUGCCACUGCCACUGCUGUGCUGCUGCCACUGCCACUGCUGUGCUGCUGCCACUGCCACUGCUGGUGCUGCCAGUGCUGCUGCCACUGCCACUGCUGGUGCUGCCAGUGCUGCUGCCACUGCCACUGCUGGUGCUGCCAGUGCUGCUGCCACUGCCACUGCUGGUGCUGCCAGUGCUGCUGCCACUGCCACUGCUGGUGCUGCCAGUGCUGCUGCCACUGCCACUGCUGGUGCUGCCAGUGCUGCUGCCACUGCCACUGCUGGUGCUGCCAGUGCUGCUGCCACUGCCACUGCUGGUGCUGCCAGUGCUGCUGCCACUGCCACUGCUGGUGCUGCCAGUGCUGCUGCCACUGCCACUGCUGGUGCUGCCAGUGCUGCUGCCACUGCCACUGCUGGUGCUGCCAGUGCUGCUGCCACUGCCACUGCUGGUGCUGCCAGUGCUGCUGCCACUGCCACUGCUGGUGCUGCCAGUGCUGCUGCCACUGCCACUGCUGGUGCUGCCAGUGCUGCUGCCACUGCCACUGCUGGUGCUGCCAGUGCUGCUGCCACUGCCACUGCUGGUGCUGCCAGUGCUGCUGCCACUGCCACUGCUGGUGCUGCCAGUGCUGCUGCCACUGCCACUGCUGGUGCUGCCAGUGCUGCUGCCACUGCCACUGCUGGUGCUGCCAGUGCUGCUGCCACUGCCACUGCUGGUGCUGCCAGUGCUGCUGCCACUGCCACUGCUGGUGCUGCCAGUGCUGCUGCCACUGCCACUGCUGGUGCUGCCAGUGCUGCUGCCACUGCCACUGCUGGUGCUGCCAGUGCUGCUGCCACUGCCACUGCUGGUGCUGCCAGUGCUGCUGCCACUGCCACUGCUGGUGCUGCCAGUGCUGCUGCCACUGCCACUGCUGGUGCUGCCAGUGCUGCUGCCACUGCCACUGCUGGUGCUGCCAGUGCUGCUGCCACUGCCACUGCUGGUGCUGCCAGUGCUGCUGCCACUGCCACUGCUGGUGCUGCCAGUGCUGCUGCCACUGCCACUGCUGGUGCUGCCAGUGCUGCUGCCACUGCCACUGCUGGUGCUGCCAGUGCUGCUGCCACUGCCACUGCUGGUGCUGCCAGUGCUGCUGCCACUGCCACUGCUGGUGCUGCCAGUGCUGCUGCCACUGCCACUGCUGGUGCUGCCAGUGCUGCUGCCACUGCCACUGCUGGUGCUGCCAGUGCUGCUGCCACUGCCACUGCUGGUGCUGCCAGUGCUGCUGCCACUGCCACUGCUGGUGCUGCCAGUGCUGCUGCCACUGCCACUGCUGGUGCUGCCAGUGCUGCUGCCACUGCCACUGCUGGUGCUGCCAGUGCUGCUGCCACUGCCACUGCUGGUGCUGCCAGUGCUGCUGCCACUGCCACUGCUGGUGCUGCCAGUGCUGCUGCCACUGCCACUGCUGGUGCUGCCAGUGCUGCUGCCACUGCCACUGCUGGUGCUGCCAGUGCUGCUGCCACUGCCACUGCUGGUGCUGCCAGUGCUGCUGCCACUGCCACUGCUGGUGCUGCCAGUGCUGCUGCCACUGCCACUGCUGGUGCUGCCAGUGCUGCUGCCACUGCCACUGCUGGUGCUGCCAGUGCUGCUGCCACUGCCACUGCUGGUGCUGCCAGUGCUGCUGCCACUGCCACUGCUGGUGCUGCCAGUGCUGCUGCCACUGCCACUGCUGGUGCUGCCAGUGCUGCUGCCACUGCCACUGCUGGUGCUGCCAGUGCUGCUGCCACUGCCACUGCUGGUGCUGCCAGUGCUGCUGCCACUGCCACUGCUGGUGCUGCCAGUGCUGCUGCCACUGCCACUGCUGGUGCUGCCAGUGCUGCUGCCACUGCCACUGCUGGUGCUGCCAGUGCUGCUGCCACUGCCACUGCUGGUGCUGCCAGUGCUGCUGCCACUGCCACUGCUGGUGCUGCCAGUGCUGCUGCCACUGCCACUGCUGGUGCUGCCAGUGCUGCUGCCACUGCCACUGCUGGUGCUGCCAGUGCUGCUGCCACUGCCACUGCUGGUGCUGCCAGUGCUGCUGCCACUGCCACUGCUGGUGCUGCCAGUGCUGCUGCCACUGCCACUGCUGGUGCUGCCAGUGCUGCUGCCACUGCCACUGCUGGUGCUGCCAGUGCUGCUGCCACUGCCACUGCUGGUGCUGCCAGUGCUGCUGCCACUGCCACUGCUGGUGCUGCCAGUGCUGCUGCCACUGCCACUGCUGGUGCUGCCAGUGCUGCUGCCACUGCCACUGCUGGUGCUGCCAGUGCUGCUGCCACUGCCACUGCUGGUGCUGCCAGUGCUGCUGCCACUGCCACUGCUGGUGCUGCCAGUGCUGCUGCCACUGCCACUGCUGGUGCUGCCAGUGCUGCUGCCACUGCCACUGCUGGUGCUGCCAGUGCUGCUGCCACUGCCACUGCUGGUGCUGCCAGUGCUGCUGCCACUGCCACUGCUGGUGCUGCCAGUGCUGCUGCCACUGCCACUGCUGGUGCUGCCAGUGCUGCUGCCACUGCCACUGCUGGUGCUGCCAGUGCUGCUGCCACUGCCACUGCUGGUGCUGCCAGUGCUGCUGCCACUGCCACUGCUGGUGCUGCCAGUGCUGCUGCCACUGCCACUGCUGGUGCUGCCAGUGCUGCUGCCACUGCCACUGCUGGUGCUGCCAGUGCUGCUGCCACUGCCACUGCUGGUGCUGCCAGUGCUGCUGCCACUGCCACUGCUGGUGCUGCCAGUGCUGCUGCCACUGCCACUGCUGGUGCUGCCAGUGCUGCUGCCACUGCCACUGCUGGUGCUGCCAGUGCUGCUGCCACUGCCACUGCUGGUGCUGCCAGUGCUGCUGCCACUGCCACUGCUGGUGCUGCCAGUGCUGCUGCCACUGCCACUGCUGGUGCUGCCAGUGCUGCUGCCACUGCCACUGCUGGUGCUGCCAGUGCUGCUGCCACUGCCACUGCUGGUGCUGCCAGUGCUGCUGCCACUGCCACUGCUGGUGCUGCCAGUGCUGCUGCCACUGCCACUGCUGGUGCUGCCAGUGCUGCUGCCACUGCCACUGCUGGUGCUGCCAGUGCUGCUGCCACUGCCACUGCUGGUGCUGCCAGUGCUGCUGCCACUGCCACUGCUGGUGCUGCCAGUGCUGCUGCCACUGCCACUGCUGGUGCUGCCAGUGCUGCUGCCACUGCCACUGCUGGUGCUGCCAGUGCUGCUGCCACUGCCACUGCUGGUGCUGCCAGUGCUGCUGCCACUGCCACUGCUGGUGCUGCCAGUGCUGCUGCCACUGCCACUGCUGGUGCUGCCAGUGCUGCUGCCACUGCCACUGCUGGUGCUGCCAGUGCUGCUGCCACUGCCACUGCUGGUGCUGCCAGUGCUGCUGCCACUGCCACUGCUGGUGCUGCCAGUGCUGCUGCCACUGCCACUGCUGGUGCUGCCAGUGCUGCUGCCACUGCCACUGCUGGUGCUGCCAGUGCUGCUGCCACUGCCACUGCUGGUGCUGCCAGUGCUGCUGCCACUGCCACUGCUGGUGCUGCCAGUGCUGCUGCCACUGCCACUGCUGGUGCUGCCAGUGCUGCUGCCACUGCCACUGCUGGUGCUGCCAGUGCUGCUGCCACUGCCACUGCUGGUGCUGCCAGUGCUGCUGCCACUGCCACUGCUGGUGCUGCCAGUGCUGCUGCCACUGCCACUGCUGGUGCUGCCAGUGCUGCUGCCACUGCCACUGCUGGUGCUGCCAGUGCUGCUGCCACUGCCACUGCUGGUGCUGCCAGUGCUGCUGCCACUGCCACUGCUGGUGCUGCCAGUGCUGCUGCCACUGCCACUGCUGGUGCUGCCAGUGCUGCUGCCACUGCCACUGCUGGUGCUGCCAGUGCUGCUGCCACUGCCACUGCUGGUGCUGCCAGUGCUGCUGCCACUGCCACUGCUGGUGCUGCCAGUGCUGCUGCCACUGCCACUGCUGGUGCUGCCAGUGCUGCUGCCACUGCCACUGCUGGUGCUGCCAGUGCUGCUGCCACUGCCACUGCUGGUGCUGCCAGUGCUGCUGCCACUGCCACUGCUGGUGCUGCCAGUGCUGCUGCCACUGCCACUGCUGGUGCUGCCAGUGCUGCUGCCACUGCCACUGCUGGUGCUGCCAGUGCUGCUGCCACUGCCACUGCUGGUGCUGCCAGUGCUGCUGCCACUGCCACUGCUGGUGCUGCCAGUGCUGCUGCCACUGCCACUGCUGGUGCUGCCAGUGCUGCUGCCACUGCCACUGCUGGUGCUGCCAGUGCUGCUGCCACUGCCACUGCUGGUGCUGCCAGUGCUGCUGCCACUGCCACUGCUGGUGCUGCCAGUGCUGCUGCCACUGCCACUGCUGGUGCUGCCAGUGCUGCUGCCACUGCCACUGCUGGUGCUGCCAGUGCUGCUGCCACUGCCACUGCUGGUGCUGCCAGUGCUGCUGCCACUGCCACUGCUGGUGCUGCCAGUGCUGCUGCCACUGCCACUGCUGGUGCUGCCAGUGCUGCUGCCACUGCCACUGCUGGUGCUGCCAGUGCUGCUGCCACUGCCACUGCUGGUGCUGCCAGUGCUGCUGCCACUGCCACUGCUGGUGCUGCCAGUGCUGCUGCCACUGCCACUGCUGGUGCUGCCGUUGCUGCUGCCACUGCCACUGCUGGUGCUGCCAGUGCUGCUGCCACUGCCACUGCUGGUGCUGCCAGUGCUGCUGCCACUGCCACUGCUGGUGCUGCCAGUGCUGCUGCCACUGCCACUGCUGGUGCUGCCAGUGCUGCUGCCACUGCCACUGCUGGUGCUGCCAGUGCUGCUGCCACUGCCACUGCUGGUGCUGCCAGUGCUGCUGCCACUGCCACUGCUGGUGCUGCCGUUGCUGCUGCCACUGCCACUGCUGGUGCUGCCAGUGCUGCUGCCACUGCCACUGCUGGUGCUGCCAGUGCUGCUGCCACUGCCACUGCUGGUGCUGCCGUUGCUGCUGCCACUGCCACUGCUGGUGCUGCCGUUGCUGCUGCCACUGCCACUGCUGGUGCUGCCGUUGCUGCUGCCACUGCCACUGCUGGUGCUGCCAGUGCUGCUGCCACUGCCACUGCUGGUGCUGCCAGUGCUGCUGCCACUGCCACUGCUGGUGCUGCCAGUGCUGCUGCCACUGCCACUGCUGGUGCUGCCAGUGCUGCUGCCACUGCCACUGCUGGUGCUGCCAGUGCUGCUGCCACUGCCACUGCUGGUGCUGCCAGUGCUGCUGCCACUGCCACUGCUGGUGCUGCCAGUGCUGCUGCCACUGCCACUGCUGGUGCUGCCAGUGCUGCUGCCACUGCCACUGCUGGUGCUGCCAGUGCUGCUGCCACUGCCACUGCUGGUGCUGCCAGUGCUGCUGCCACUGCCACUGCUGGUGCUGCCAGUGCUGCUGCCACUGCCACUGCUGGUGCUGCCAGUGCUGCUGCCACUGCCACUGCUGGUGCUGCCAGUGCUGCUGCCACUGCCACUGCUGGUGCUGCCAGUGCUGCUGCCACUGCCACUGCUGGUGCUGCCAGUGCUGCUGCCACUGCCACUGCUGGUGCUGCCAGUGCUGCUGCCACUGCCACUGCUGGUGCUGCCAGUGCUGCUGCCACUGCCACUGCUGGUGCUGCCAGUGCUGCUGCCACUGCCACUGCUGGUGCUGCCAGUGCUGCUGCCACUGCCACUGCUGGUGCUGCCAGUGCUGCUGCCACUGCCACUGCUGGUGCUGCCAGUGCUGCUGCCACUGCCACUGCUGGUGCUGCCAGUGCUGCUGCCACUGCCACUGCUGGUGCUGCCAGUGCUGCUGCCACUGCCACUGCUGGUGCUGCCAGUGCUGCUGCCACUGCCACUGCUGGUGCUGCCAGUGCUGCUGCCACUGCCACUGCUGGUGCUGCCAGUGCUGCUGCCACUGCCACUGCUGGUGCUGCCAGUGCUGCUGCCACUGCCACUGCUGGUGCUGCCAGUGCUGCUGCCACUGCCACUGCUGGUGCUGCCAGUGCUGCUGCCACUGCCACUGCUGGUGCUGCCAGUGCUGCUGCCACUGCCACUGCUGGUGCUGCCAGUGCUGCUGCCACUGCCACUGCUGGUGCUGCCAGUGCUGCUGCCACUGCCACUGCUGGUGCUGCCAGUGCUGCUGCCACUGCCACUGCUGGUGCUGCCAGUGCUGCUGCCACUGCCACUGCUGGUGCUGCCAGUGCUGCUGCCACUGCCACUGCUGGUGCUGCCAGUGCUGCUGCCACUGCCACUGCUGGUGCUGCCAGUGCUGCUGCCACUGCCACUGCUGGUGCUGCCAGUGCUGCUGCCACUGCCACUGCUGGUGCUGCCAGUGCUGCUGCCACUGCCACUGCUGGUGCUGCCAGUGCUGCUGCCACUGCCACUGCUGGUGCUGCCAGUGCUGCUGCCACUGCCACUGCUGGUGCUGCCAGUGCUGCUGCCACUGCCACUGCUGGUGCUGCCAGUGCUGCUGCCACUGCCACUGCUGGUGCUGCCAGUGCUGCUGCCACUGCCACUGCUGGUGCUGCCAGUGCUGCUGCCACUGCCACUGCUGGUGCUGCCAGUGCUGCUGCCACUGCCACUGCUGGUGCUGCCAGUGCUGCUGCCACUGCCACUGCUGGUGCUGCCAGUGCUGCUGCCACUGCCACUGCUGGUGCUGCCAGUGCUGCUGCCACUGCCACUGCUGGUGCUGCCAGUGCUGCUGCCACUGCCACUGCUGGUGCUGCCAGUGCUGCUGCCACUGCCACUGCUGGUGCUGCCAGUGCUGCUGCCACUGCCACUGCUGGUGCUGCCAGUGCUGCUGCCACUGCCACUGCUGGUGCUGCCAGUGCUGCUGCCACUGCCACUGCUGGUGCUGCCAGUGCUGCUGCCACUGCCACUGCUGGUGCUGCCAGUGCUGCUGCCACUGCCACUGCUGGUGCUGCCAGUGCUGCUGCCACUGCCACUGCUGGUGCUGCCAGUGCUGCUGCCACUGCCACUGCUGGUGCUGCCAGUGCUGCUGCCACUGCCACUGCUGGUGCUGCCAGUGCUGCUGCCACUGCCACUGCUGGUGCUGCCAGUGCUGCUGCCACUGCCACUGCUGGUGCUGCCAGUGCUGCUGCCACUGCCACUGCUGGUGCUGCCAGUGCUGCUGCCACUGCCACUGCUGGUGCUGCCAGUGCUGCUGCCACUGCCACUGCUGGUGCUGCCAGUGCUGCUGCCACUGCCACUGCUGGUGCUGCCAGUGCUGCUGCCACUGCCACUGCUGGUGCUGCCAGUGCUGCUGCCACUGCCACUGCUGGUGCUGCCAGUGCUGCUGCCACUGCCACUGCUGGUGCUGCCAGUGCUGCUGCCACUGCCACUGCUGGUGCUGCCAGUGCUGCUGCCACUGCCACUGCUGGUGCUGCCAGUGCUGCUGCCACUGCCACUGCUGGUGCUGCCAGUGCUGCUGCCACUGCCACUGCUGGUGCUGCCAGUGCUGCUGCCACUGCCACUGCUGCUGGGAGAGAAGGCGCUGGUGGGGAAUCUGCGGUUGGGGCUGUGGGUGGGAGAGAGGCGUGUGGGGCACGUGCUAUUGGUGAAAAGGAGGGUGGAGCAGGAGCAGGAACAGCAGGAGGGGGAGCAGCAUCAGGGCGUGGAGGGGCAGCAGGGAUGGGGUGGGGAGAGGCAGGGAGGGGUGGAGCAGCAGGGAGGGUGCAUGUUGGGGGACACAGGAAGAGCCCAUCCAUGGGUGCACUGCCUUCCAUGGUGUGCCAUGGUGCUUUUGAGACGUCUCAAAGAUCCCCGAUGGGGGCACCGCCUUCGAUGACCCACGCUGCUCCUUGGCUUGACCAGUUCUCCAGCAGCAACAGCAGCAGCAGCAGCAGCACUGCUACCAGGACGCACUGUGUGGGCAGUAGUGACACUCGUGGCAAUCGAACGGGCGGCGAGAUAGUGAGCGUCGACUUUAUGGGCGGCGAUUUUACGGGCGGCAAACUGAUGGGUGGCAAACCAGUUGGGGGGAAUCUAGUGAUGGGCGUUUCGAGUGGAGGCAGUUUCAUGAGGGGCAACUUAAUGGGUGGCAAUUCAAUGGGCGGUGUUCCAAUGAGUGGCAAACCUGCUGCUGCUAGUGCUGCCGGUGCUGGUGCUGCGGAUGCUGCUACCUCUGCUCCUGGUGCAGCCGGUGCGUCCGGCGGUGAUGGCUCUUGUUCUGGUAAUUCUGCUGCUGCUGCUGCUGCUGCUGCUGCUGCUGCUGCUGCUGCUGCUGCUGCUGCUGCUGCUGCUGCUGCUGCUGCUGAUGUUGCUGCUGAUGUGCCCAGUGCUGCUGCUCCGUUUUUUGAGUCAACUCAAAUUAGUGCUGCUGCUCCGGCCCGAGAGUGGGCAACAUCAGGCGGUGUGCCACUGCUGGUGGCCAGCCUUUAA